GAGAAGCAGAAGAGAAGAGGAAGGCACAGUGAGCAGAUAUGGGGCUAUGAGAAGAGAUAAAUAUAAAGAAGGAAAUGAUGUGAAUAGAGAAGAAGCUCUGAGCUGUAGGGAGACUAUAAAUGAAGCUACAACUACAUGGAAUAAAAGUAAGGUAAAGAAGCCAUUAUAUAACCACAGGCCAAUCUAUACUGGUUAUAUAUGAGGAUGGGGGUCAGAAGAUAUUGGUCUUACUGGGAAUACCUUAUUAUUCUACUGUCCCUUUUGUCAUUGCAAUGGAAGGGCAGGAAUUGUCAGGAACAGACUGAGGCUCUACCAGGGUUUAAAAUCGAGGCACCAGCAGAGGUGACAGUGCAGAGGGGACUCUGUGUGCUCAUCCCCUGUAACUUUACUGUUCAUCGCAAUUAUACCUUAACCAAAGAUGCCAUUGGAAUCUGGUAUAAAGGAUAUAAAGGACAUUCCAGUGACGCAGUUGCAGCUUCUACCGACUCCACUCGGUUCCCUGAUACAACAAACGGCCGCUUUAUAUUCACUGGUAAUGUGAGUGCAGGAGACUGUUCCUUCUCUAUCAGUGAUGCACAAUCAGGAGAUGCAGCAAAGUAUCGGUUCAGACUUGAGGAUAGAUCUCCAUUAAAAUUUAAUUUUCUUCAUAUCCAACCAUCUGUAUCUGUGACAGACCUGAAAGAACCUGAAAUUUCUCCCACCAAGGAUCUGAUUGCUGGUGAAGAAGUGACUGUGACUUGCACGGCUCCUACAAACCCUCCUACAAACUGCCCUGGACUCUAUCCAAACUUCACAUGGGAGGGAAGUGUAAAUACAAAAAAUACACAGAAUAAUACAUUGAGGAACCAAGAUGGGACCAUCAGCUACCGGUCAAAUAUCACUUUCACUCCAUCACCGAGACACCAUAAUUCCUCCUUAACCUGCACAGUGACUUAUAAACAUGUAUCUGCUAAGAAAAGCAUCACCUUGAAUGUUGAAUAUACACCUAUUCUGAAUAUCACUCUUCCAGGUGGAACAGGUGAGAGCAGCAGUGUGAUCAUUAAAGAAGGGGAUUCCCAGGAAAUCUACUGUAAAGUGGACAGUAACCCAACAGCCAACAUUAUCUGGACUAGAGGAAAGAGCCCUGUUGAGAAUAUCCAGAAGCAGAAUGGAAAGAAUGUGACUCUGUCACUAAGGAAUGUUACAGAGAAUGACAGUGAUACAUAUACAUGUACUGCACAGAACCAACGGGGGAACAACAGUCGCUCUAUCAGUGUCUCUGUGGAAUAUGCUCCCCGACAGUCAACGAUCUGUGUAGAUAAACUGAAAGGUUGCCUUACUUCAGUAAAUGUUCUAGAAGGAUCUACACUGUCCUUAAACUGCAGCGCUAAAAGUAAACCUCCGGCCAAUUUUUCCUGGAUUCAGAGUGAUCCGCUCAAAAAGCUUUCUGAAAAUACAACUCUGAAUGUUACUGUUACAGAUGAUAUUGAAUAUACAUGCCAAGCGGGAAAUAAACAUGGACUUUCCAAUAGUUCCAUCACUAUUAUUGUCACGUAUGCUCCCCGACAGCCAAUGAUCUGUGUAGAUAACCCGGAAGGUUGCCUUACCUCAGUAAAUGUUCCAGAAGGAUCUACACUGUCCUUAAACUGCAGCGCUAAAAGUAAACCUCCGGCCAAUUUUUCCUGGAUUCAGAGUGAUCCGCUCAAAAAGCUUUCUGAAAAUACAACUCUGAAUGUUACUGUUACAGAUGAUAUUGAAUAUACAUGCCAAGCUGAAAAUAAACAUGGACUUUCCAAUAGUUCCAUCACUAUUAUUGUCACACGUGCACAAAAGCCUCCGACUAAUUUCCUCAUUGCCGGACUGUGUAUUUUAUUUCUCAUGCUUGUGGUAAUGACAGCGCUGUUUGUAUUCAGAUGGAUGAGAAAAAAGAAGGACUUACCGGAGGACAGAAUUAAUAAAGAGAUGCCUAAAAGUGACGUGGAUGUCAUUUACAAUAAUAUCGGGAAUAUUCAAAGUAUCAGCAAUGAAUCCUACAUGGACACAGAGAAAGCAAAACAGAAAAAGGAUGAUUCAGAUUUGUAUAUGAACUAUGAAAAAGAGGUACAAUAUGUCUCCCUUGAUUUCGCAAAAAUGAAACCGAAGGAAGCGCCUCAAACUGACAACAUUGUAUAUUCUGAGGUCAAACGCAAUUAACCCCCGAAGAUAUAUCAACUAAAAUAAAGAAGGACUUUUGUACUAUAGAGACUUGUGAAGGAAAUGUAGAUUAAGUGCCGGGUACACUGACCUUAACUGACUAUUGUAUAAUGGAGGCAAAGGUACCACUACAUUCUUCCUGAACAUGGCAGCAUUUUAUGCUUCUCACAUAACUGGUUCCUGACUAAAGCUUGUACAGAUAAGGUAGAUACAGGUUUUCCACCAGACUGAAUAUUUAAUGUAUUGUCAGACACCCCACUGUGUUUGGGAACUCUGCAAAAAGUCUAUAUUUUUAUUAUUAUUAUUAUUAUUGCAUAUUCAAAUGAAUUCCAUGGAUUAACUUUAGAUAAACGUUACAUUAUUGACUGUAAGGGCACAAAGGCGCAGUUUGGAGUCGCAAACCAAAGAGGAAGAAGUUUGUUCAACACAGUUCAUGGUAACAAUAGGUUUAGGCAGGAGAAUGGUCAAAAUCCAGGCAAAAGGGGUCAAUCCAGGCUGAAGGUAUCAAUAUCCAAAUAACAUGCCGAGGUCAAAACAGGAAAUGCAACAAUAUAGCAGUAAGUCACACCCAGGAACUCAGUAACGAAGGACCUAUAAUUGGGCAAAGGCUGCAAGUUCUGGCGUAUUAAAAUAGGCCCACUUUGGCGCCAAACAGGUAAGAUGAUGUCAUGACGCUGCGUCUUUACGUUGCGCAUGUUUACACGCUAGCGUCCUGACGCUGCGUCCAUUCUGACGUGCAGGCGUCAAGACAUUUGACACAUUGGCAUCAGAACGUGCCAUGAAGGAGCCUUUGGGCGCCGCCAUCUUGGCUCAUGGACCCGGAAUCGCCAUUUUGCCGCAUAGAAUGGUGAGUUCUACAUGUUCGACAUGUUCACUGGCAUUGACUCUUUUUUCAUUAUAUAUUUGAACUUUUUCUCACCUCUAAAAACAACAUGACACUGAGAAGCUACUUUUACCAGAAUUUUAGUUAAACAAUAUGAGCAAAUCACUGGAGAUCCAAUAGCUGAUUUGGCCACCAGCCAAGAAUUUUAUGAUAGAGAUCUCAUGUUACAUGUGAAUAAACUUUUACACAUUGUAAUUA